AUGGCAAGCAACAUUUCACCACAGCAAAAAGUUGAAUUUGUUUGGUUUCAGCAAGCAAUAGACAACAAAAUGAACAAUCCAGCUAUUAAGAGAAUAACAAAUGAAAUUAUUAAAUCACCUGAGGAUAAACGAGAGUAUCGUGGUCUGGAACUGGCAAAUGGCAUUAAAGCUCUUCUCAUUAGUGACCCCACCACAGAUAAGUCUUCAGCAGCACUUGAUGUGCACAUAGGAUCCUUGUCUGAUCCCCCCAACAUUGCUGGGCUUAGUCAUUUUUGCGAGCAUAUGCUGUUCCUGGGAACCAAGAAAUAUCCAAAAGAGAAUGAGUAUAGCCAAUUUCUUAGUGAGCAUGCUGGGAGCUCAAAUGCUUUCACAAGUGGAGAACAUACCAACUAUUACUUUGAUGUGUCACAUGAACAUCUAGAAGGUGCACUAGACAGAUUUGCCCAGUUUUUCCUGUGCCCUUUGUUUGAUGAAAGCUGCAAAGACAGGGAAGUGAAUGCUGUUGAUUCUGAGCAUGAGAAGAAUCUGAUGAAUGAUGCUUGGAGGUUGUUUCAAUUGGAGAAGGCUACUGGAAAUCCCAGUCAUCCCUUCAGCAAAUUUGGAACAGGGAACAAACUCACUCUGGAAACUAGACCAACCAAAGAGGGAAUAGAUGUAAGACAAGAGCUAUUGAAGUUCCAUUCUACUUACUAUUCAUCAAAUUUAAUGGCUAUUUGUGUCUUAGGAAGAGAAUCCUUGGAUGAGCUGACUUGCUUAGUGGUAAAGUUAUUUUCAGAAGUAGAGAAUAAAAAUGUCCCUAUACCAGAGUUUCCCGAACAUCCUUUCCAAGAAGAACAUCUCCGGCAACUUUACAAAGUGGUACCUAUUAAGGAUAUUAGAAAUCUUUAUGUCACAUUUCCUAUACCAGACCUUCAGAAGUACUAUAAGUCAAACCCUGGUCAUUACCUUGGUCAUCUGAUUGGGCAUGAAGGCCCAGGGAGUCUUUUAUCAGAACUUAAAGCUAAAGGAUGGGUAAAUACUCUUGUUGGAGGACAGAAGGAAGGUGCUAGAGGUUUCAUGUUUUUCAUUAUUAAUGUGGACUUGACAGAGGAAGGACUUUUGCAUGUUGAAGAUAUUAUUUUGCACAUGUUUCAAUAUAUUCAAAAACUACGCACAGAAGGACCUCAAGAAUGGGUUUUCCAAGAGUGCAAGGAUCUAAAUGCGGUGGCAUUCAGAUUUAAAGAUAAAGAACGACCACGAGGUUAUACAUCAAAGCUUGGAGGAAUGUUGCAUUAUUAUCCUAUAGAAGAAGUAUUGGCAGCUGAAUAUUUGCUGGAAGAAUUCAGGCCUGAUUUAAUAGAGAUGGUACUGGAUAAAUUGAGACCAGAAAAUGUUCGAGUUGCAAUAGUUUCCAAGUCUUUUGAAGGAAAAACUGAUCGAACAGAAGACUGGUAUGGAACACAGUACAAGCAAGAAGCAAUUUCUGAUGAAGUUAUUAAGACAUGGCAAAAUGCUGACCUGAAUGGGAAAUUCAAGCUUCCAAUGAAGAACGAGUUCAUUCCUACUAACUUUGAGAUUUUGCCAUUGGAAAAAGAUGCAACACAGUACCCUGCCCUUGUCAAGGACACUGCUAUGAGCAAACUGUGGUUCAAGCAAGAUGACAAAUUUUUUUUGCCAAAAGCUUGUCUCAACUUUGAAUUUUUCAGCCCAUUUGCUUACGUGGAUCCUUUGCAUUGUAACAUGGCCUAUUUGUACCUUGAACUACUCAAAGACUCCCUCAACGAGUAUGCAUAUGCAGCAGAACUAGCUGGCUUGAACUAUGAUCUCCAAAAUACCAUCUAUGGGAUAUAUCUCUCUGUAAAAGGUUAUAAUGACAAGCAACAUAUCUUGCUCAAGAAGAUCAUUGAGAAAAUGGCUACUUUUGAGAUUGAUGAAAAACGAUUUGAAAUUAUCAAGGAAGCGUACAUGAGAUCGCUUAACAACUUCAGGGCUGAACAGCCUCACCAGCAUGCAAUGUAUUAUCUCCGACUCCUGAUGACAGAAGUUGCUUGGACCAAAGAUGAAUUAAAAGAAGCUCUAGAUGAUGUCACUCUUCCCCGCCUCAAGGCCUUUAUAGCUCAACUGUUGUCACGGUUACACAUUGAAGCUCUUCUCCAUGGCAAUAUAACAAAACAGGCAGCACUAGGAAUUAUGCAGAUGGUUGAGGACACUCUGAUUGAGCACGCUCAUACAAAGCCACUCCUUCCCAGUCAGCUAGUGAGAUACAGAGAAGUGCAACUUCCUGACAGAGGUUGGUUUGUGUAUCAACAGAGAAAUGAAGUUCAUAAUAAUUGUGGCAUUGAAAUAUAUUACCAGACAGACAUGCAGAGCACUUCUGAGAAUAUGUUUUUGGAGCUCUUUUGUCAAAUUAUCUCGGAACCAUGCUUCAAUACUCUGCGCACCAAGGAACAAUUAGGCUACAUUGUGUUCAGUGGUCCACGUAGGGCAAAUGGCAUACAAGGGCUGCGAUUUAUUAUCCAAUCUGAAAAGCCACCACACUAUUUAGAAAGCAGAGUUGAAGCGUUCUUAAAAACUAUGGAGAAAUGCAUAGAAGAUAUGACAGAAGAGGCCUUCCAAAAACACAUCCAGGCUUUAGCAAUUCGUCGUCUAGACAAACCAAAGAAGCUGUCUGCAGAAUGCGCUAAAUACUGGGGAGAAAUCAUUUCCCAGCAGUAUAACUUUGACAGAGAUAACAUUGAAGUGGCUUAUCUAAAGACCCUGACCAAGGAUGAUAUUAUACAGUUCUACAAAGUGCUGUUGGCAGUAGAUGCUCCCAGAAGGCACAAGGUAUCAGUACACGUCCUUGCAAGGGAAAUGGAUUCCUGCCCUGUUGUUGGAGAAUUUCCAUGCCAAAAUGAUGUGAACCUGGCACCAGCACCACCACUACCACAGCCAAGUGUGAUUGAAAAUAUGACAGAAUUCAAAGGCAGUUUGAACUUUCCACUGGUGAAACCACAUAUCAAUUUCAUGGCUGCAAAAUUGUGAAGAUCCCCAAUGGAUGAAGAAAUGCAUAUGAUGAGUACUGACAUGGUUUCAGGGGACUUCAUGAUGCACAAAAUUAUUAAAGAUCAUUAGGAUAAAUGGCUCUGUCCGUUAUGAAAGUCCCGAAUUCCUUCUUGAUUCUUUUGACAUUAGCUGUGUGUUAGGGAUAGAGAG